AUGCCGCUGUCCUAUCCUUCCCUUCGCACCUCACAUUCUACCCAGCAACGCUGUGAAACAUUCCGCAUGCACGCCCUCGACCGCACAAUCUACCGCCUAACGUUUUUCCCGCGUCUAGCCGAUAGCGACUACGAGAGCACUGUAAGUGAAGACGACGACGACGGCGACGAGGAAUGUGAAAAAAGCACUGCACACGAGGGAAAGCAGCGAAGUGGGGAGUGUGGGGAGGAGAGAAGUGAAAAAAGCGGGAUAUAUGGUGGAAUGCGGUUAAAGAGGGGGUGUGAGGAUGGAAAGGGAGAGUGUGGUGAUGAUAAGGGGAAGAUGGAGGAGAAGAGGGGGGUGGUAGAAGAGAAGAAGGAGGAAGAGGUAGAGGCAGGAGAGAUACAGCUAAGAAAUCAAAAUAGGUGUGUAGGGGGAAUGAGUGGCAUGAUUGGAUGGAUGGUGAGGAUAUUAAGCAGUGAUGGUGGUCAUAGUAAGUUUGAAGGAAACGAGAAAGACAUGUAG